GCUGAAAUUAUUCGAGUAUGGCAGCAUGCUCGAGAAACACACACAGCAGGCCUAUGUGACUGCUCAGCCUCUUCAUCCUGGCGAAAACUGUUUUCUCACAAACAGCACGACAACACGGAAUCUAUAAUAAGCUCAACUUGUCAGAUUUGCCCCGAGGACGUCAUGUUGCUAAAUGAGGCCCUGGCAGAGCACUCGGAGACGUGCAUCGAAAACAUUGCCAUCAGAAUCUCAUUUAGAAAUCCCACAACAGAGUCCGCAGAGAGACAAAGACACUCGGAAGAGAGGUCUGAUGCUGAAACUCUGGAUUGUACUCACCACCAGAUGGGAUAGCCUCCAAGCACCCGUGAGCUGGACAACCACACACACAUCACAUAUCCAAUCAGAUACAAAUCCAUGAGGACCUGCAGGGCAUGAGUGAGCUUGGCAGGCUGAGGGGGCUGGAAGGUCACACAGCAGGGGCUGGGAGUGUGCAGUGUGGAGUAGAGAGGCUGAGUGCCCACCGCAGAGAGAGGGACCACUGACCACAGUCUGGAGUGGACAGGCGGCUUGGAAGUGGCACCGGCGCCAUCAUGAAUGUGGGCACAGCGCACAGCGAGGUGAACCCCAACACCCGAGUGAUGAACAGCAGGGGAAUCUGGUUGUCAUACAUCCUGGGCAUCGGCCUCCUGCACGUCAUCCUGCUCAGCAUUCCCUUUGCCAGCGUACCUGUGGUGUGGACCCUCACCAACCUCAUCCACAACCUGUGCAUGUAUCUCCUACUCCACACCGUGAAAGGGACGCCCUUUGAGACCCCAGAUCAGGGCAAGUCUCGCCUCCUCACACACUGGGAGCAGAUGGACUACGGCGUGCAGUUCACUGCCUCGCGCAAGUUUCUCACCAUAACACCCAUCGUCCUGUAUAUCCUAACCAGUUUCUACACCAAAUAUGACCGGGUCCAUUUUGUGGUCAACACUGUCUCCUUGCUCACUGUGCUCAUCCCCAAGCUGCCCCAGCUGCACGGUGUGAGGAUCUUUGGGAUUAAUAAGUACUGACAGGGCGGAAGAGGACACCUCCUCCCCCCACCAAGUCUCUAUGGACUGCUGUGAGCACACAGAGUAUCAGGCCUCUGAUUUGGCCACAGGCCCGUAAGGAUCCAUGGCUCUCUAGCUCCCAGCUUUGCUGAGCAGCUCUCUAAAUGAAGCCUUUUGGGGAUACUGCCAUGGUACCAAACCCCAGGAAACAGACACAAUACACUUGACAGAAAGCACAAAUGGAAAGUGUACUGUUGUGAUUAUUUGUGGUCUAUCUCCUUUGAGUUGCACAUUUUCACUGACACUUUGAAAGAAAGUGUCUGUAAAUGGGAUGUAAUAUGUCGAAAUUGCUGUAGAAAUGAGAAUUUUCUGGGGUGAUGAGUGUCAGAAAGAGAGAAAGACAUGGUAGCACAGCUAUUGUUAGGCUAUUGUACCCACUGACACACUUUACCAGACAUUCAUGGAGGUUAUUUUUUUGGUAAUUACACUGCUGUAUCUAUUCAGCUUCCUUCCUCCUCGUAAGACUUCUUUUCUCUCCAGCUUUAGAGAAGGAUAGUAGCAAAAGUUUGAUGAGAUAGUGACAAGGGAGCUGGUGACCGCUGCAGGGGCGGGACAUGAGGAACCGCAGGGUUUUAUAUUUAGCCCUCACCGCCUUGCUCAGGGUCGAAGAUCAGAAAGUUAAGGAACUCUUAUUUUUAUCUGACCGUUUCCAUAUUUGGACUGCUCCUGUCCCGAUUUGUGCCACAGCAAGCUUCCUGUCUGGCCUAGUCUGGCAUAGCCUGGCCUGUCUGUAGAAUAUCUCUGUAAGUAGCACUCUGAACUUAUCCAGGAACAUAGGCCAAGCAACAUGACCAGAAGUCUUUCACUUGGACCUAAGUGGAAAACUGGUCUCCCAUCAGUAUUUCUGUUCUUAAUUUAGCUACACUGUGUGCAUAUUCAAAGACAUGCAAGAAAAAAAAACACCAUAAAAAUGCUCAGCCUCCUCCAAGAACAUUACAUCAGCAUGUCUGCAUCUCUGUUUGGAGCCGCGGGGCAAAUGAGCAUGUUAGAAGUCAUGCUCUUUCAAAGUUUUUCAUGUUUGUUUUCAGAUUUUACACUCUGCUUGUCCAAUUUAUGUACAUGGUCAUUUCUUUCAUCAUCAUUAUUAUUAUUUUUACACUAUUUCAACUUGACUUGGAAUGUAUUUUAGUCAGCCCUGGGCAAUAUUUACAGAAGUUAUGGAUGUUCUCAUCUCAAAUCAAUUUGUCUUUAUGAAGAAAUGUGUAGUAUAAUGGUUGUGUGACAGUGAUGCGACAUUUACUUCUGAUUUUUUUUUUUUCUUUUACUAGAUGCCAUAGUUCUUUGAAUAUUUGCAGUAGCCAUAUGCAUCAACCUCAUGAACAUUCAGAUGAGAUCAUUUGGAAAUGCAAAAUGGCACUCGUGAAUGCAGAUGAAUCCAGAGAAAGGUUAAUGAGCAUGGACCAAAGAGUUAAGGAUGUGUAUGUACAGUAGUAGUCUGUAUGCUUCCGUUUGUACUUGAUCAUGGUGUUUCUGAAUGUUCUCGUCUUCAUGACCAAUCAAAAAGGGCUUUAAGCAAGAGGCUGUAUGUAUGACUUCAUAGCACAAUAUGACCAUGGAUUUUAAAUGUCACACACCCAGUGUUUUUUUUUUUUUUUUUUUUUUUUUUUGGAGGCGACACGACAGCUUUUGAAAGAUACUGCACACCGAAUGUUAAUUAAAUUUGAAGCUGUGUGCUCAUAACUUAUGUUUGAUGAUCAGUGUCCUUGUGUUUUUAAGGGAAAUGACAUAAUGACAUAUAUUUCAUGUGCGCUCAGCAAAAUACUCCUCUGCUAUACUUGCUUGAUUUGUCUUGUUGUGUAGCCCAGUAGUAGAAAAUGAGUUUUUCCGCCUUUCAAAAAAAAAAAAAAAAAAAAAAAAAAAUAGACAACAUGUUUAAUUUAU